UUUCUUAUUGAGAAGUGCCUCUUUCAAAGCCUCAUUGGGAGGUUUCUUUCUGCCCUGGAUUCUUUGACCCAUCCAGUCGUCGCUGAGAGGAGGGGGGACAUGCACUCUGCACGAUGUCAGGAGCCCGGCAGGCCAGGGGGAGGCAAAUCUUCAGCCCCCUUUCAUGCUGUGCAAUCAUACCAUACUUUUACCUCAGCAGACUUCCUGCCCUCCGCUCAGCAGAGAGAGGAUAUAAAAUAGUCUAGGCCACAUAAAAGGCUCCAUCCUCUGCAGAACCUCCUCCCGUCUACUCCGUUGGGCUACGUUGAGUCUAAACACUUCUAGCUAUGAGUUAUGUCUGGAAUCCAAGUGAGGAAGCUGACAUUGCCUCUUUCAUGGACAACAGCACAUACCUCAGCUACUACGAUAGCAACAAUGACACCUUGCUCUGUGGCUCCGACACCACCCAGGCUUUCAGGCGCUAUUUCCUGCCUCCGUUCUACAUCCUGAUUUUCCUCCUGGGGCUCUGUGGGAACGUGAUGGUGAUUGCCGUCUUGCUGCGUGCCAAGGAGUCCCUACCUGGGACGGAUGUGUUCAUCUUGAACCUAGCUGUCGCAGACGUCCUCCUUGUGUUGACCCUUCCAUUCUGGGCUGUCCAGGCCGUGAACAACUGGGUCUUUGGGGACGUAAUGUGCAAGAUGGUUGGCAGCGUUUUCAAGAUCAACUUCUACGCCAGCAUCUUCUUCCUGGUCUGCAUCAGCUUCGACAGGUACCUCUCCAUUGUUUACGUCAUUCGCAUGUACAACCGCGGCAAGUCCUCUCUCAUCUUCCUCAGCUCGUUGGCCGUUUGGGUCCUCUGCAUUCUCCUCACGCUUCCGGAUUUCAUUUACCUGACCUCUGAACCCGAUUCCCGCCAAAACACCACCUCGUGCACCCUCAAUUUCCCCCCAGGCUCGAGCUCAACCAAGUUCUUCAUCCGCAUCUUCAGCCAAGUUCUUGCUUUCUUCCUCCCACUGCUAGCGAUGACCUGUUGCUACAUCCGGAUCAUCCUCAGCCUCAUGAACUCCAAAGGCUCCAAGAAGAACAAGGCCUUCCGGGUCAUCUUCGCCGUGGUGGUCGUCUUCUUCCUCUGCUGGACUCCCUAUCACUUGGUGGAGUUUAUCGAGACCCUGAUCGACUUCAAUGCCCUGCAGAAGGAUUGCGAGUGGGAGGCCAAACUGGACAUGGCCGAGACGGUCACCACCAGCUUGGGGUUCUUCCACUGUUGCCUGAACCCACUACUGUACGCUUUCGUGGGCAUCAAGUUUCAGAACAGGUUCCUCGACCUGCUCGAAUCCUUCGGCUGCAUCAGCCAUGCGUUCCUGCAGAGACAUGCCAGGAGCUCCAGCCACCGGAGAGAUUCAACUUGGUCUGAAAGCACAGAGGCCUCCUAUUCGGGGCUCUAGGAAGCCUAGAGUUUCCCUGUUCACCCAGAGUUU